AAACAUGUGAUGUCUGUGACGAGCUGCUAAGGAAAGUAAGGAAAAAUCGUUUUUUUCUGUUGACGAGUUUACCUUUUAAUAGUUGAUCCAUGUUAAUUGUGCCUACGUCUUGUAUUCAUCUAAUUAUGUUCCUAGGUUAUCAACUGUGUUUUAACAUCUUGCUCCAUGAAACACAGUUAUUAUCUCACUUGAGAGAAUCCUUAAAUUAAAUAAACUAAUAACUAUAACUAUAUUGAUCAUGGCAACAUAACUGCCUCUAUCUCAUUACAAUUUUUAUAUUUUAUGUUGUGUUCAUUUCGUUGAUCUAAUAUUUAAUCUAAUCCAAUCAUCAUUUGUUUGCUAUUUGUUAUUGCAUUAAACAAUUUUGGUUUCGUGUUUUGUGUUAAAACUGCAAUCAACCAUAUUUUUGGUUAUUAAAUAUUACCAAACCUAGUGUAUACAUUGACUAAGUCUGAGGAUGGUUUUUGAAUCUUUAACUUCUAACCUACUCAACACUUAUCUCAAUGAGUUUAUUGAUGAUCUUUCUGCUAAUCAGUUAAAAAUCGGUGCCUUCACAGGUGAUGUUGAGUUGAAGAAUUUGGCAAUCAAAGGAAAUGCCUUUGACUCUCUUAAUUUACCCUUCAGAGUUGUCUAUGGACACAUUGGAAAAUUCAAGGCUCGAGUGCCUUGGGUGUCGCUUUACACCAGCCCGGUUGUCUUCACCGUUUCAGAUGUAUUCAUAGUCUGUGUUCCUAAUGUUGAGAGCAAAUAUGAUGCUGAAGUUGAGAAGAAGCAAAUGGAUGCAGAGAAAAAGAAGCAACUGAAACAAAUUGAAGAAGCAAUGAAGACUGCCCAGAUAAAAGAAUCGGACGGUGAACAAGCCCAAGGUGACGAUUUUGUUACCAAAUUGGUUGCUCAAAUUAUGAGAAAUCUAGAAAUUCAAGUCGACAAUGUCCAUAUUUGUUACGAGGAUAAAUUUACUAAUCCCAAGUCACCAUUUUCUAUAGGCUUAACAUUGAGUCGAUUAGCUUUUGUAACAUCUCAAGAAACUUGCACUAAAUAUACUUCAUCAAACCAGGAGAACUCUUUUCUUAAGGAAAUCUCAUUGGAAUACUUAUCUGUCUAUUGGAACUGUUCAGAAGAUAUGAAAUUCAUCUCAGAUUUGAAAGAAGAAGACAUGGAUCGUGAGUUCAUGUGGAGAAUCGCUAGCAAAUGGAAUCGACCCAAAGAUUUAACCUAUGUUUUAAGGCCGAAUAAUUUCACCGCAAAAACAUUUAUCAAUAGAAAACCUAAAGAAGAAGAUUUUAAAGUUCCUAUGUUCGACAUUGAUAUGUUACUGGACCAAUUUACUUUGGCCUUUAACAGAGGACAGUUUGAAUCUUUUCUUCUUCUUCUCGACUCAGUUGAUCGUAUGAAAUUAGCAGCUCCUUAUCGUCAAUGGCGACCACAUCUUCCGAUAAAGGGAAACGCCCGAGUUUGGUGGAAAUUUGUUCAAACCGCUAUUCUAGAAACGGAAAUACGACAACGAAAUCGUGUAUGGAGUUGGUCUUACAUAAAAGCUCAUCGACAACUAAUGAAAGAAUAUGAAGAAACCUACAGAAAACAUCUUCUUACACCUAAAAAAGUAAAACAAGGUUUGAUUGAUGAAUUAGAAUCAAAAUUAGAUGUUUUCAAUAUAAUUUUGGUUAGAAGUCAAGUUGAUUUGGGGAUUGAAAAAAUGCAAGCUGAAAAAGCUGAAGAGACUAAAAGCGGUGGAUGGCUUUCAUGGGUUUGGGGUUCAUCCAAAAAAGAUGAUGAAGGUUCAUUGACAAAACCUAUCUUGGAUGAGAUUAAGAAAGAAAUGACUUCGGAUGAAAAAGGAAAAUUAUAUGCAGCAAUUGGUUAUGAAGAAUCUGUUCCUGCCGAGUAUCCGCCUUUUUACGAAGCGUAUCUUGUAGCAAUCAAAUUACGAGCCAUUCAAAUUUGUAUUUUCGAUGAGAAAAAAGAGGCCAACAUCAUAUCGUUCGGUUUGAAUGAUGUCGCAACACAACUUGGCUACCGACCAUCUAGUAAUGGAGUUCGUGUUGGUACUACUGUUCGUGCAAUAGACCUUAAAGGAGUUGGUGAAAAUCAACUUGUGACUAAUCAAGUUUGUGAUCAAGAUUUGUUAGAGAUUAUAUUGGAAACAAAUCCAUUGGAUGCUUCAUUUGAUUAUGGGGCAACAAUAAAAGCUCGAGGUGUGGACGUUAUGUACCAUGCACAAACUUUCAAUGCACUGUUUGAUAUUAUAACACCACAAGAAGAUGUAUCACUUGACCAAAUUCAAGCAUUAGCUGAGAUAAAGUUCAACCAGUUUAAAUUGAUGUCGGUGACAGGAUUAGAGUAUGCAAUUGAGAAACACAAUACUCUGAAAAUUGAUAUUGUUAUUGAACCAUCGUACAUAGUUAUUCCUGACCGUGGCUGUGUUAAUGAUUGUGAAAACGUCUUGAUCCUGUCUUGUGGUGAAGUUGCUGUUUUCUCUGAGUUCACUGACGAUUCAACCUCAUCAUUGCGACUAAAGUACCAAGACUCUGGCGAAGAAGCUUUAAUUAACGCAGUCCGUGAAAGUGCAUACGAAAGAUUCCGUUUGAAAGUCUCCCGAACUCAAAUUAUUCUGACAACAGGUGAAAAUUGGAGAAAUGACUUGGCAGAAAGUAGAACACAAACAACACCUUCUGUGAAUAAUUUACUCGAACCUUUUGGACUUGAACUUUGUUUAAUGCGUUCUAUCAUCGCUGAUGAUCCUCAUAUGCCUCAAAUGAGAAUCGAAGGGACGAUUCCAUCGAUAUUUUUCAAAGCUCGUAAUAUUCAAUUAUGUCGACUGUUUAACUUACUUCUCACAGUGCCUACUCCUAAAAAGUCAGAAACUAUGCAUAUUGGACCUAAAAUAGAGAGUAAUGAAGUGCACGAAGCCAAGGCGACAACUGAUGCCUUGAAGAUAGCUCAAGAAACAGCCAAACUUGAAGCUAGAUCAUCUAAAAUUCAAAUGACUCAUCUUGUUUUAAAUUUCAAAGUUGAAUCAUUAACCUGUGAUCUCCAAACUGACCAUGGAGUUGAACUGCUACUACUUCGUGUUAAAAGAGUAGGAACUGAAAUAUUUGUCAAAAGCUUUGAUACGGUUGUCGACUUAUUCCUGGGUCAAAUUCUAGUCCAAGUUCAUGAUCUUGAUGUAGCCGGUUCGCCAGUCUUCAAGCUUAUCGAAACUAUCGAAAAUGAAAAUUUGUUGCAGCUCAAAUAUAAAUCAACCUUAAAGAAUGGUCCAACUUUUGAAGAUGUUAUUCAAAGCAUUGAUAUUCAAAUGUCUCAAUGUAAAUUAUUCAUUGAUUCGCCCAUUUUGGAUGAACUUCUUCUAUACACACAAAAAAUUGCCAACAGUUUACCAUCCACCAACGACGAUGUUGAUCGAGCCCUCACUAGAAGAAGACCUUCAGUCUCUAGUCAAAUUAGUACCACAAUUCUUGCCGGUAUCAUGGUUAAACCUAAAAAGAAACAUGCAGAAAUGUGUAAAGUAAUUAAUCUCCGAACUAAAAUCUGUGUGGAUAGUGUUGUUCUUGCAAUUGGCGGUAUUUGUUCAACAACCUUGAAAGGUUUAGAAGCUAUUUUAACAAUUUAUGAAACUGGACGACUCAACAUGAAAGCUUUUUGGAAUGAUUUUGCCAUCCUUAAUUGUGUCCGUGAUCCAAGUAAUCCUCGUUUGCUAGAUCGUAAACUUGUCCAUGAACAUAUUCUUGUUUCGCCUGGUAAAAGAGUUCUAGAACUUGAAUUGACCAUGUUUACCCCUACAGAGACAAAAUACUCACCUGGUAAUGUUGAUAUGCAGCUAAAUGUUCAAUUUGGGCGUUUAAAGAUUGUGUUUUUAAAUGAAUUUGUCGUUCGCUUAAUGAACUUUUUGGCCGUUUUUGAAACAGCCAAAAAACGUGCAAUUGCAGCUUCUUCUGCCGCAGCCGGAUUCGCUAAACAGACAGCUCUUGAUGCUUACCAAAAUGCAACAAAAAUUGGUCUUAAUGUUGUAUUAGAAGCUCCUUUAAUUGUUAUCCCUCGAAAUUGGGAGUCCAAACAUUGUAUCCUUGUGGAUCUUGGUCGAAUCGGUAUAAGCAAUAGAAUCGAAUCUACUCAUUCUAACUUACUGGAUCAUAUUAAAUGUGAAUUAACCAACACCCAUGUCUUCAUGAGCACAGAUGAUCGUGAAGAUAAUAUUGAUAGUAUUGUUAAACCCAUCAGCUUUAAUCUUUCAGCGAUUCGAAAUCUCAACUUUGAAGGAAACAAACAGAUCCCUGAAUUAAAACUCAGUGCUACUUUGGAAGAAAUUUAUUGUCAAAUCUCUCAAACCAAUCUUAUGCUAAUGAUGAGCAUUCUCAAUGAAAAUGUAUCUGCUGGGUAUGAAAUUAACCAACCUGUUGGCGAAGAUGUUACUUGUUCUGCUAUAGUUCCAACUGCUGCUGAGCCUCGAACGAAAAAAAUCAAAACGAAAAAACUUCACCCUUCGUAUACUGAAGUGUCUUUGCCAUUAUCGACAACAACCAUCGUGGAAGAAGCUGUGGUUCAUGUUGAUGCAAUUGAAGAGGAAAAAGUUUCAGAGCAAAUAUUUUCUCGUUACCAAGUAUCGUUUGCGAUGCCAAAGGUUGAUCUUGUCUUGUAUCAAGAAGAGGUUAAAAGUGUGCAAAAUAAGUUGACCAACGCUUAUCUGGCAGGUUUCGAUGUUAAUUGCGAGAUGAAUACCGAUGAUUCGUUAACUCUUACCAUGACAAUGAGUGAUAUUGUUUUAUGUGACGAAAGACCAUCCAAAAAUAAGCGAUUACGAAAAUUGAUGUAUUGUAAUGAUUAUAUCUCAACAUCCAAUGGUUCUCAAGGAAAAACGCUCAAGAUAUAUUUCAAAAAAGAAAAGGAUACAAUCGUAAACAUGGAAAUGUCAGGAUUUACGCUUAUAUUUGCUCUUGAUUACCUUCUUCAACUGUCUAACAUUGUCACCUCGUCCUUGCAAGGUUUACCUUCCGAUUCUGCUAAUGCAGUUUCUACAGAUUUUCAAUCUUUAACUGCAUCUACUCGAGAAGGAAUCAAAGCAAGGGUUGCCGAAUUAUCUCCUGAUAAAAUGUACAUUAGCAGACCUAUUGAUACUCCAUUAAUGACUAUUAGAUUUACCAUGUCUGAAGCUGAUAUUGUACUGAUUGAGUCUACGGAAAUGGAAAAUCCUCCAGCAGUUAUCUUCAAUAGUUUAAUGGAUUUUGAUGUAAAAAUGAAGGAUGAUGUAAUGUCUCUUAAAGGUUCAAUUGGUCAUAUUCAGUUAGGAAUUACCAGUCUUGAAAAUUACCAGAAAACCAAAAAAGUAGAUAAUUAUAUUGUUCGUCCUUUCGAGAUUUAUUUGAUUGCUGAAAUGAAUGGAUCAUCUUCACAGCACAUUGAUAUCGAUUUUACCGAUAUUGGUUUAUUCAUCUCACCCAAUACAAUACAAAUUUUAAUGUCCAUUAUGAGUGCUUUGGGACAAUCCUCUGAAGAAAAAUCUGAUGACCAAGAUGAAGAUAAAUUACGAGAAGAGUUGGCAAUAUUUUUGCCUAAACCAUUAUCUGCUGUUACAAAAUACAGUUUCUUACAUUACUCUGUUGCCCCUGCAAUCGAAGCGACUGAAGAUUUAACUUUUGAUGAGCCUGACUCUAAGAAAGUUGACUUCAUCUUGCAACAAUUAGUUGUCAAGGUUAAAAAUAUUUCUAUCACUAUUGAAUCUGGUGGAAUGGAUUCGCAACCAUUAAUCAAACUGAUCUCAUCACAUACAAUCAUUCUUGACAAUUGGAAUAAAUUAAACAUGAACUCAUCUUGCUACAUGGAUUAUUAUAACGAGAAAACUUUUGCUUGGGAACCUAUCAUUGAAACCAUUGACACAGAACCCUGGUUCUUUGAUUUGAAAGCAAAAAUAGUUUCUGAAGAAGGUGCAAAUUCACGAAUAAGUGCUUUUCUGGAAUCCAAAUCGCAGUUAGAGAUGACAUUGAGUAAAUCAGCAAUUAGUGUUAUCACUGAUCUAGGCCAAGCAUUCACCAAUGUUGUUAAACAACCUGAUACCUCAUUACUUGGACAAAAUUUGAUUGAGUUUUCAAAUUUCACUGGAAUGGACCUUUCAAUUGUUGUGGACACACGAAAAUUUGUUCACGAUCUACCUGAUGCAAUUAAAAUGGCUGAUUAUCACGAAAAAAUUGAAAUUAAAAAUGGUCAAGUGGCUAAAUUAAAUAACUUACGAGAAACCGCAUUUGACCAUGACAACGAAGUUGUUUGUGAGCUUUCGCAUAAAGGUCAAACCAUAACCAGACGAUUUUCUUUGCGAGGAACUGAACGUAAAUGUUUCCGAUUUCCAUUGUUAAGUUAUCCAGGAGAUGAGUAUAGAUGGAUGUUUGAUAUUGGACAUCGUGAUUCUCGAACAAAACGGGUCAUAUUUGGAUCUACUGUUGAAAUUACCAAUCAUUUUCACAUACCAUUGAGAUUGUACUAUAUUGAUAUUUCGGGUAACAUGGAAGAAUACACUUUUCUUUAUCAGAUUGAACCCAGUGCAUCAUAUUUUCUUCCAGUUGACAUUGUCUAUUCUAAAUACCAAUGUAUUUUUGUAAAGCCGAGUGAUGAUUAUUGUACACCUCGAGAUGCAAUUUGUUGGAAAGCCAAAGAGGUUAAAGCAUUCACACACUUCUUCUCCACAAUUACGUGUGAAUCUAAGAAAAAAGAACCAGAUUUUUUCAUUCGUGUUGGCUGUAAGACAGAAAAUGUACUUUUUGAAGAUACCCAAAGAUCAGCUCCAGAUUGUUUCUGUUAUAAGUUUAACAUUUAUCCUGUUUUGAAGCUCCGCAAUCUAUUACCUUUCAGUAUUUCCUAUUCUCUCGAAUUUCCAGAUGAACAAUCACCCAAAGAAGGAACGAUAAAGCCUGGUGAGGCUCACAACUUAAGUAAUUUGAAUAUGAAAACCAACAAAAUUGUAAUCGUAUUGAACGAUUAUCGAGGUAAAAAAUGGGUCUGUCGAAACAAGUUUCCAGUUCGAUGGAUGAAAGAAGAUCAAAUUGAAAUUUUUUCUUUCACUCAAAUCGAUCCAAUUGAAUCAGGAUCAGUACCCACUCUUGACUUGGCAUUUAACUUUUGCAAUUCGGAUGAAAUUGGUUGUCGUGUUGCUUCUCUGUUUGCACCAUUCUGGAUGCUCAAUAAAACUGGAAUCCCGUUGACUUACAAAAUUGGUGAUAAUUUAACUAUUCAUCCCCCAGAACAACAAGUACCUGUUCUUUUAUGUUUCAAGCCUAAAACGUUAUUCAGUAAAAAGAAAUUAUCUCUUGCCUUCGGGGAUUCAAAAUUUUCGGACUCCUUCUCAAUUGAUGCUGUGGGUAAUAAAGGAAACGUAAUUGCUAAAGGAAAAGAUAAACUAAAUUAUUGUGCUUCAAUAGAAAUCGAGUUAAGUAGUUUUGGUUUUACCAAAAUAGUCACCGUUUCACCAUUUUACUCGAUCGUAAAUAAAUCAAAUCUAGAUUUGGAGAUUAGUGAAGACGACGAAGAAUGGAUUGUAGUGCAAAGCCGUAGCACUCGUUCUUUGUGGCCUAAAACCAGCAAAGAAUGUUCUUUAUUCUUCCGAUUACCUGGACAUCAAGCCGAAUCCUCAAGACCCAUUUCACUCAAAGAUUCUGUCUCUAUUUUACUUCGAGUAUCUGAUCGUUUGGUUGUUGUUAAUGUAGAUAUUACAGAUAAUUCAGUGGUCAUCCAAUUAACAAAUUAUUUCCCUGGCUCAGCUCCAGUAAGAAUUUUCAACACCCUCGAAGAUUUGUCGGUUGAUUUUGGUCAAAAUUUAGUUUCUUACCGCAAACGAAUCCCACCUCUUCAUUGUACUUACUUUACAUGGCAUGAUCCAUCUAUUUCACCUCUAAGCUUGAUUUGGAGUACUCAAUCGUCUGAAGAAGUUGUUAUUGAUUUGGCUCAUGAUGCUAUUGGUGAAUCUGAACAAGGUGAUAUUUACUGGGCUUGCUUUUUGUAUGGAAAGCAGCGAAUUUUAUUAAUUACAAGAGAUCAACUUCUUGCUCAAAGUACCCUUAAGCAAACUGAAUUUAUUAAACCUUUAUUUGAUGUCGAGAUUCUUUUACGAGGAAUUGGCAUCUCAUUGGUAAAUAAUGACAAUCUCAAAGAAAUUGCUUAUAUUGGAAUCACAAGCUCUGACAUAUUAUGGGAGGUUCGAAAACAACGUGGCAAACGUUUUAAACCCUUAUCUGUGAAGCAGAUUGAAGCUCUUGAAAAUGCAUAUCAAAAGUUUUUGCGUCGUGAUGAGAUUUCUGGUGCUCUUAAGAUACCUAAAUCUGAACAUAAGUCAAAUAUCUUUUUGGUUGAAACUCUCAAAGUUGACUUUAGUGACAUUGAAAAUAUGAGACUUCUUGAGCCUUACAAAGGAUUCUUACGUCGUAACUCUGCUAGCGGUAUCUGGUGUACCGUUUCUAUUUCUGAACAUAUCAUUCAAUUCCAUUCUAAAAUUAAUCGUAUUCAAAUUGACAAUCAAAUGAACGAUUGUAUAUUUGGAAUCGUCAUGUGUCCUAUUACACCACCUCGUUCCUUAGCUAUUGAUCGUGCUCCAAAAGCCUUUUUUGAAGUCAGCACGGUUAUUCAAAAGCAACUUAACAUGUUCCGAUUCAACUUUAUACAAGUUUUGAUUCAAGAGUUCCUGAUACAGAUCGAUGGUGAUUUUCUAAUUGCCUUGACUGAACUUGUUUCUUUACAAAGAAAACGAAGCAUAAGUUUUGAGAAAAUGAUUCAAGACACGAUGAAAAAGUGUUUAGAAGAUACAACAGAUUAUACUGAGAUUCCUGUUUCAUCUAAAAAUUAUUAUGAUUCAAUUCAUUUCUCACCCAUAAAAGUUCAUGUUAGUUUUAACCUUGGUGAUGCAGACUCCUUCCAACUCUUCGGAGUUUUCGAUUUCCUCAUAAAAUCAGCGGGUGUUACUCUCACUGAAUUUAAAGAUGUACUAUUCAAGAUAGAUUAUUUCGAAAGAAGAAAUAUUCUUCUCAGCGAUUCAGAGCUUAUUUACCUUGCCAUUGGUCAUUAUGUUAGACAAGUGUUGAAACAAUUUUACGUUGUUGUAUUGGGCUUGGACGUUAUUGGUAAUCCAGUUGGACUGUUUUUGGGCCUUAAACAAGGAGUCGGUGACUUUUUCUACGAACCAUUUGUGGGAAUCAUUGAAGGACCCGAGGAAUUUGCUGAAGGUCUUGCUAUCGGUGUUCGCUCAUUGGUUAGUCACACUGUUGGUGGUGCUGCUGGAGCUUUGGGUAAAAUUACUGGUACUCUUGGAGAUGGUAUUUCGACACUUACUAUGGACCAAGAAGCUCGCCGAAAAAGACGAGAGAGAAUCAAUAAGAAACAAUCGUUUGCUCAAAGUAGUAAGGAUUUGGCGCGUGGAUUUUUCACCGGCAUAACUGGUGUUGUUACCAAACCUAUGAAAGGGGCACAGCAAGAAGGUUUUGAAGGAUUGGUUAAAGGUUUUGGUCGAGGGGUUGUUGGUAUUAUUGCUGACCCAGCUACAGGUGUCAUUGAUUUUACUUCAGGAUCUCUUAAUGCUUUGCAGCGUGCAGUUGAUAUUAAUGCUGAAGCUGAAAAACAACGUCCUACUCGUCAUUUCCACAUUGACGGAGUUCUUCGUCCUUACAAUCGCCAUGAAGCCAUUGGUAAAUCAAUUUUACGAGAUGUUGACAAAGGAAGAUUUGCAUCGACAGAUAAUUAUGUAGCUCAUUGUCAUCUGACUCCAGAAACUGUUCUGCUUAUCACUGAUAAUCGAGUUAUGUAUCUCAAACAAAGUUUCCUAUCCAAAUGUCUUGAUUUGGAAUGGCAUGAAGCUUAUGAUAAUGUAGCCCAAGUUGAAGUUGUUGACGGAACCAAUAUUCUGAUUACUUUAAAGGAACAUAAAAGGAAACUUGGAGGUUUAAUGUCUGGAGAAGGAACUCAUUUAAUACACUGCCCAAAAGCUGAUAUAGCUAAGGCAUUAAGUCAAAAAAUAAUAAAUGUCAAAAAAUCUGGUCCUUAAUCUCGAGAAUUUGUUUUUAUGGCUCCAGUUAUUUAAAUAAUAGCUAUCACGCUUUAAUUUUGUAUCAUUUUCAUCAAUCGUCUUCGUAUAUAUAAUAUCUAUAAAAUUGUCUUUCCAGUUAUUGUUCUCACAUUUUUUGACUAACUUCAUUGUCACCUAAAUCUCUAAUACUUUGCUGAUACCUGAUUACCUAAUGUUUUGCUGUUGAUUUUUUAAUUGACUCGGUGGCUUAUCGAAAUCCUUCAAGAUCCAUCUCAUCGAGGCUAGCCAAAGGAUAGAAUUAUAUUACUACUUUCUAAUUGUACCAUUCUAUGCGCUAUGCUAACCGUCUUAUGAACAUUUGAAUGUACGCAAACAAACCAAUGAUUAACAGAGUCAUUCAAUAUCAUUUCUAACCAAUUGUAAGAAAAUAAAAGGACAUUUUUCAUUGUUAAA